CCUAUUCUUGAAACUACUGAGGAGAAAGAUCGUAUAUUAAGUGUUGCCUCCACCAGGACCAGUAUGUCCAGUGGCAGUGAGACAACAGUGGAUGAGUUGCAUGACAGCAGAUCUGGACCUGAGAAGGAGGGGAGGACCUGGAGCAGCACUCAAACCUCCAUCUCCACUACUGAGGGGUCUGAAUUACACGCAUUCAUCAAGAUGAGGAACAAAGUGGACAAAGAUACUGAGGAAUGGGAGAAACUGAACUAUGAUAUCCACACUCUGAGGUGUGCUCAUAAAGAAGUUUGUACACGUUGGAAGAAGAUCUUGCUUCAGCUGGGUGAGGUUACCAGAAGGAGGCAGACUCCUUACUGA